AUGGACCCAUUGCCUUCGACUUCCGAAGACUCUGAUCGUCCGAAGCCGUUAUCCUCUCCCAGACGGACGCUUCCAGAAGCGCCGCCCAGCUACUAUGACUUUCCACCGAGUUACACGACGAACAGCGAAGUGUACACGGAUGAGCUGCCCGCGUACUGUCCGCGCGAGUUUCCUGCCACGUCAUCAAGGCAAUGUAUCGAGAGUCAACAACCUCCGCCCGCGCAGCAAAGAGUUUUCACGGUACUCCCACGACAAGCAUACGCGAUUCGGAUGCAUAGAAGUGAGUGGUUCCACGUCACCUAAAGGGUAAUAGGAUUCAUUUUCCUCUUAUCAGUACGUAAAUAAAGAUUUGAGCUAACCGCUGGGACAAAAAUUUCCAAUCUCUUAAUUUCAGCACUGCGGUCUCCGCCCCCGGACAACCACAUCCGUCGCCGUCUCAACCUGCUCGUCGGCACAUUCUUCAUCCUUCUGCUGGCUACCGUAAUCCUAGUCCUGACUAUCAUAAUGACUAUUUGUCUUGUUUAA